ACUUCGUAAAUUAUUAUAUUCUAAGGUCUUACCAAUAUGGAAAACUGAAUCGAGUUUCCCUUGUGUAGAGAGAACAGAUAGUUUACCCAAACAUCUAACUACAUUGUGUGAUAGAUUAGAAAUACAAUUCAGCACAAGAUCUGAUACCACUAUAACACCACUAGAAAAAACAGCUCCUUAUAUUCAUCAGCUUAAAAGAUUUCUAGAUCAUCUGUCAGCUUGUAACGUUGGUUGUGCAAAUGUUAAACAGAGUGAUCUCCCCUCGCUUUUAAAUCUUAACGAUUCUGCUGAUGUACAUUCUUCUAAUGAGGAACAGAUAAUAGUGAGUAUAAUAGGGGGAGUUGCUGGUUCUCAUAAACAAAACCUAACAUCUACUUUAACACAUUAUAAUAAAGAAAAAUAUAGAUGGAUUGUAUUAAGACAGACUGGAGAUGAUAUCAAUAAAUUUGAUCCGAGAAAACUCCAGAAACAACUUGAUGCCUCACUGGCAGCUCACAGACGUCGCAAAUCAGGAUCACGAAGACAAACCAAGAUUAUUGUCGUUGUACAGAAUUUGUGUAAUAUUCGUGAAUUUGUUGAAGCUAUAGAAUCUCAUCCAGAUCCAGAAAUUUCUACUCACAUCAAAAUAG